AGAAAUACAAGCUGGAAACAGAAGAGGAAACAGUAUUUUGGAGAAACAAAUGUUAGUCUUCCUAAUAACUUAGAAUUAAAAGUAUGUCUUCUUGGCUGCCUACUUCUCUCCUUAGAUUGCAGACAGUCAAUGAGGGAAGAAGAGGGAACAGUAACUAUCAACAGGAGAGGAGCUAUCAAGCAAGCAAAGAUCCACUACAUCAAAAAUCAUGAAUUUAUUGCUACCUUCUUUGGACAGCCCACAUUUUGUUCUGUCUGCAAAGAGUUUGUAUGGGGACUGAACAAACAAGGAUACAAAUGUAGGCAAUGCAACGCUGCUAUUCAUAAGAAAUGUAUUGAUAAAAUCAUUGGGAGGUGUACUGGUACUGCAGCCAACAGCAGAGACACAAUGUUUCAGAAGGAACGUUUCAACAUUGACAUGCCUCACCGCUUCAAAGUUUACAACUACAUGAGCCCUACUUUCUGUGACCACUGCGGCAGCCUGCUCUGGGGGCUGGUCAAGCAAGGACUCAAAUGUGAAGAAUGUGCAAUGAAUGUGCAUCAUAAAUGCCAAAAGAAGGUGGCCAACCUGUGUGGAAUUAACCAGAAGUUGCUAGCUGAAGCCUUAACUCAAGUCAGCCAGAAGUCCACACGAAGGUCUGAUUCUGGAUCUGUAGAAAAUGUUGGUAUUUACCAGGAUUUUGAUAAGAAACCUCGAGGUCCAGGAGGGGAUACAACAGAUAGCCAGUAUGAUAAACUCUGGGAGGGAAGCACUGCCAAGCCAGCACCACGAAUUGCAAGCAGGAGAAAAUUCAAUAUAGACAGCUUUGUCUUCCAUAAAGUACUGGGGAAAGGAAGUUUUGGAAAGGUCCUGCUUGCUGAGCUAAAAGGAAAGAAUGAGUUCUUUGCUAUCAAAGCUCUGAAAAAAGAUGUGGUGCUAAUUGAUGAUGAUGUGGAAUGUACCAUGGUGGAGAAGCGGGUCCUAGCACUUGCAUGGGAAAAUCCAUUUCUCACACACCUUUAUUGCACGUUCCAGACAAAGGAUCACCUGUUUUUUGUUAUGGAGUUCCUGAAUGGGGGAGACCUGAUGUUUCACAUACAAGACAAGGGGCGUUUUGACCUCUACAGAGCAACGUUUUAUGGAGCUGAAAUUUUAUGUGGGCUACAGUUUCUUCACAGCAAAGGCAUUAUUUAUAGAGACCUAAAACUGGACAACGUUAUGCUCGAUAAAGAAGGCCACAUCAAAAUAGCUGACUUUGGAAUGUGCAAAGAAAAUGUAGUUGGUGAGAACAAGGCAAGCACUUUCUGUGGGACCCCAGAUUACAUUGCUCCAGAGAUUCUACAAGGCUUGAAGUACACAUUCUCUGUGGACUGGUGGUCAUUUGGGGUCCUGCUAUACGAGAUGCUCAUUGGGCAGUCCCCUUUCCAUGGGGAUGAUGAAGAUGAGUUGUUUGAGUCGAUCCGAGUGGACACACCUCACUACCCACGCUGGAUCACCAAGGAAUCAAAAGAUAUAUUAGAAAAGCUAUUUGAAAGAGAUCCAACAAGAAGACUUGGUGUCACUGGGAAUAUCAGAGCUCAUCCUUUCUUCAAAACCAUCAACUGGACAACCCUGGAGAAGAGGGAGGUAGACCCUCCUUUCAAGCCAAAAGUGAAGUCAGCGAGUGACUACAACAACUUCGACAGAGAAUUUCUGAAUGAGAAGCCGAAGCUCUCCUACAGUGACAAAAACCUGAUUGACUCCAUGGACCAGUCUGCGUUCGAUGGCUUCUCCUUCACCAACCCUAAGUUUGAACAGAUCUUAGAAAAAUAGUCUGAACAGAGCCAGACUCACAAAUGCUAUGAGCAGAAAACUGCAGUGCUAAGUGGUGUGUGCCAGUGAUGUGUCAAUACUUCAGCGUAGCAGCUCGGUAGUGUGGAUAAUCACGUGUAACUGCUGAUUUGUUGGCAGUGUUCUUUUAUGCAUGGCCGGGUGUGAGGUAUGUGAAUCACGUGCAUUAUUUUCUCUGUUUGGGAAAAUGUAAAUUGUUUGGUUACUUGAAUGUAGUUAUGUUUUAUAUAUAUAAAUAUAUAUGCUGUAUAUUUUGCUCAAGACAUUGGAGAAUGGAAGAUGUCUUUUUUAAAAAAACAUGUGUUUGAGCCUUGGUUCUUUUGUCCUCACUUCAAAGAAAGUUACAUUAAACUUUCAUUCCUCACUUU